AUGCGACUAUCCGGGGUGUCUUUGCUCGCCCUCCCGUUUGCCUUGGGGCUUUCAAAGCUUGCAUACGCAAAUGACCAGAAUGGCUCAAAUGUCUGCACGGUGAAGGCAAAAGGUCAUCAGAAGGAUGAUGUACCUAAUAUUCUCGAAGCUUUCCGCCGAUGUGGAAAGGGUGGUACGAUCGUCUUCCCUGAAGAUCAAUCGUAUUGGAUUGCAACACGCCUAAACCCCGUGGUCAAUGAUGUGACAAUUGAGUGGCGGGGAAAAUGGACAUUCUCAGAUGAUUUAGAUUAUUGGCGCAACAAUUCUUACCCCGUUGCCUUUCAAAACCACGCCGCUGGAUUUGUUAUCACAGGCCAGAAUAUAAGAAUUGACGGAUACGGAACUGGCGGCAUUGAUGGCAAUGGGAAUACGUGGUACACUGCAGAGAAAGGCAAUACCCAACCUGGAAGACCAAUGCCCUUUGUGUUUUGGAAUGUAUCUGAUGUCAGUGUUGAGAAUUUCUACAUCAAGGAUCCCCAAUUGUGGAGCGUCAAUAUAAUGAAUGGGACAAAUAUGCGCUUCAAUAACAUCUACUGCAAUGCCACUGCAGUAGAUGCGCCUUACGGCGAGAAUUGGGUGCAGAAUACCGACGGAUUUGACACAAUGGACGUCGAGAAUGUCCAGCUUACGAAUUUCGUAUACCAAGGUGGCGAUGACUGCAUCGCAAUCAAGCCUCGGUCAUAUAACGUCGACAUCCACAACGUGACCUGCCGCGGUGGAAACGGCAUCGCAAUUGGUAGUCUAGGACAGUAUCUGGAAGACUCAAGCGUGAAAAAUAUUCACAUCGACGAUGUCAGAGUGAUUCGAUAUAACGAAGAUUUACACAACACCGCCUACAUCAAAACAUGGGUUGGAGCUCUCGUGCCCCAGACUUCAUACGAAAGUGCCGGACUCCCACGGGGAGGCGGCUGGGGGAGCAUUCAAAAUGUACUUUUCUCAAACUUCGAAGUUCAUGGCGCUAAUGCGGGACCCUCAAUCACGCAAGACAAUGGGAACAAUGGUUCUUUGUCUGGGACAAGCCUCAUGAGCAUCUCUAAUGUCGCGUUCGUGAAUUUCACUGGCUAUACGAAUGGUCCGUCGACGAAGGUUGCUUCUGUUUCUUGCUCCAACCUGCACCCUUGUUACAAUAUUGACUUUGAUAAUGUUGUGCUUUAUCCCGGGGAGAAUGCGACUACGCCGGGCGUUGGAUCUUGCAAGUAUACGGCUGAGGGAGGGGUUCAUGGGCUUGAUGGAUGUUGA